UUAUUGUUAUUGAUGUUGACUGUUGUUGUUUUUCGACUCCUCCAGGUAAGGCCCUGACGUUCCUCCUCCUGCAACCCCCCAGCCCCAAGAUGCCCCCCCACAGCACCAUCCGCCGUACAGCCAUAGACCUGAUUGGUCGAGGCUUCACCGUGUGGGAGCCUUAUAUGGACGUGUCUGCUGUUCUCAUGGGACUACUGGAGCUGUGUGCUGACGCAGAGAAACAGCUGGCCAACAUCACAAUGGGCCUGCCCCUCAACCCAGCAGCCGACUCGGCCCGCUCAGCACGCCAUGCUCUCUCUCUCAUCGCCACAGCCAGACCACCGGCAUUCAUCACAACCAUCGCCAGAGAGGUUCACAGACACACAGCCAUGCAGGCUAACUCCCAGUCGCAGCAGAAUGUCCACACCACCUCUCUGGGCCGAGCCAAGACGGAGAUCAUCAGGGUCAUAGAUAUCCUCAUUGAGAAGAUGCCGACUGACGUCGUGGACCUGCUGGUCGAGGUAAUGGACAUCAUCAUGUACUGCAUCGAAGGCUCUCUGGUGAAGAAGAAAGGCCUCAAUGAGUGUUUCCCUGCUAUUUGCAAGUUCUACAUGGUGGGAUACUGCGACCGGAGUCACCGUAUUGCCGUGGGGGCCCGCCAGGGUUCAGUGGCCCUUUAUGAUGUCCGCACGGGCAAGUGCCAGAACAUCCAUGGUCAUAAGGGUCCUAUCACAGCAGUGUCGUUUGCUCCUGACGGGAGGUACCUGGCCACCUACUCUAACGCGGACAGCCACAUCUCCUUCUGGCAGAUGAAUACGUCUCUGCUGGGCAGUAUUGGCAUGCUGAACUCUACCCCUCAGCUGAAGUGCAUCAAGACCUACCAGGUCCCCCCGGUACAGCCUGCCUCUCCUGGCUCUCAGAACGCCCUGAAGCUGGCCCGCCUCAUCUGGACCUCUAACCGGAACGUCAUCCUCAUGGCCCACGACGGCAAGGAGCACCGCUUCAUGGUCUGAGGCGGGUCAGGGGACGAGGUCACUGGGGGUUAGAGGUUAAACGGUCACCACCAGGAGGGAUGGGGGGGGGCAACUCACUCACCACAACCAGGAAGUGAUUGAGAUGAGAAGGCUUUGCAUCAAUCGUUUACAUUGAUUACUAUUACUGCUAUUUCAUGUUCCUGUUUACACUGUUUAACUCCUCCACUUCAUCUAAUUGUCGUUGUUCCUCUCCUCUCCAGACAUUUCCUUUCCUCUGUUAUUUAAAGUGAAACACCGCUA